AUGGCGUUCUACCUGGCAACUAUCUUCAUUGAGGUCCUGCUAGAUUUAUAUAUUUACUUCUUUUAUAAUAACUACAGUUACAUCCAGAUGGAAUAUUACAUUUUCAACGCUGUAACAUUCUACAUGCUUACAUCAGAGACUGAUAAACUUACAAAUGCUGGAGAUCAAAUAGCUCUGGAUCUCAUGAAAACACGUAUAACAAAACUGAAUUCCGGUUGCCAGAAACAGGUCCUGACGUUCAUGAGACAGUUAAGCGCGAACAGAGCCCAAGCGUCUGCAGCAGGAUUCUGUGCCAUAAACAAAGGAAUAAUAGUAUCUGGUAAUGCAAUGGCGGACGAUGUAGCAGAAGUACCACUUGGAUCACUAACUGAAGAAUGUCAACAACAGGUUCAGAUGUUCCUUAGUCAAAUUAUGGCGAAGAAACUCCAAGUGUCUGCAUCCGGUUUGUGUAUCAUCAACAAGCGACUAAUCAUAUCUAUUGUUAUGGGAGUUACCACGUUCUUCAUAGCAAUCUAUCAGAUGAGUCAGGAAUCUUAAGUUAUCGUUACAAAGUGAAUACUUUGGCUGUUUGUUAAACGUAGACAGAAACAAGAUCUUAUCAUUAAAUGUUCUACAACCUGACUAUUGUAAUCCUUUAAUUAUAGUGUGAUAAAUAUGUU